AUGGCGAAGGAGCGCAACUACAAUCCGGUGCAAGCACAGCGCAAGGCCGAGAAGGCCAAGGCCAUCAAGAAAGGCAAGGCAGAGCAGCAAGCACGGAGGAACGAGAAACUUGCCAAGCGCAAUCCGGACAGGAUACAAAAGCAGAUCGACGAUCUCAAGGCGAUAAAGGAGGGUGGCGGCAAGCUCACGGCUCACGAGGAGCAGGCGCUGGAGGCUCUCGAGAAAGAUCUCAAGGCCGUCAAAAAGGCGAGGGAAGCACUAGGUGAUAAGGCGCCAAAAUUCGGCUUCACCUAUUCGAAUCAAGGGCAGAGAAGCGACGGUGUGUUGGGCAAGAGGCGGCGGGAUGCCGAAGACGCCUCCAGCAGCGACAGCGACGUACCUGAUGAUGUCAAGAACAUACCGAUGCCGCGGGAUACGCCGCCGCCAAUUCCCAAGGAGAUUCUAGACGAAUGGUAUGCGAAACGCCGGGCAAAGCGAAACGCGAAUCAGGAACCACUAGGUGAACGCCGCGAGGAAUCAGAAAAGCCGCCCACUCCUGUCGUUGAGGCAAAGACGGUCUAUGAAGCGAAACCCGUACUCAGGGAUCUGCGGAAAGAAGCAGUGAGCGCUUUCAUGCCAACCGCUGUUCGGAUGAAGAUUGAGAAAGGCAAGGGGAAGGGCGGGCUUUUGGAGCCCGAGGAAGCGGACCAGCUGGAGAAGGAGGGUUACCUGCGAACAUCGGAGAGUAUAAAUGUACGCCCUGGGCAGAUGCAAGUUGAGCAAGAUGCCGACGUACGCAGAGUUACGGUGGAGGACGCCGAAGAUCAGGACGAUUAA